GCCGGCAAGUGGGGGCCUAGACCCUGGGAGGCCAGGGGACUGUGAGCGGGGCUGCCGGCACAGAGGGCGCAGAAGCCAGAGCAUCUGAGUUGGCUGAUUCACAGUCCCAAGUGGCACCGGAAGCUAUUCCCAACUCAGGGAGCCGGAGCUCCGGCUCGCUUACUUGCUAUAUAAAAUGAUAUUCCUCACGGCACUGCCUCUGUUCUGGAUUAUGAUUUCAGCCUCCAGAGGGGGUCACUGGGGCGCCUGGAUGCCCUCGUCCAUCUCGGCCUUCGAAGGCACAUGCGUCUCCAUCCCCUGCCGCUUCGACUUCCCUGACGAGCUCCGGCCAGCUGUGGUGCACGGAGUGUGGUAUUUCAACAGCCCCUACCCCAAGAACUAUCCCCCGGUGGUCUUCAAGUCCCGCACUCAAGUUGUCCACGAGAGCUUCCAGGGCCGCAGCCGCCUGCUGGGAGACCUAGGCUUGCGCAACUGCACCCUCCUGCUCAGCGCCCUCAGCCCGGAAUUGGGUGGCAAGUAUUACUUCCGCGGGGACCUGGGAGGCUACAACCAGUACACCUUCUCGGAGCACAGCGUCCUGGACAUCAUCAACACCCCCAACAUCGUGGUACCCCCGGAGGUAGUGGCAGGGAAGGAAGUGGAGGUCAGCUGCAUGGUGCCAGACAAUUGCCCGGAGCUGCGGCCUGAGCUGACCUGGCUGGGCCAUGAGGGGCUGGGGGAGCCGACUGUGCUGGGUCGGCUGCGCGAGGACGAGGGCACCUGGGUGCAGGUGUCGCUGCUGCACUUCGUGCCCACUAGGGAGGCCAACGGCCACCGACUGGGCUGCCAGGCUGCCUUCCCCAACACUACCCUGCAGUUCGAGGGCUAUGCCAGCCUGGACGCCUCAGACCCCCCGGUGAUCGUGGAGAUGAACACUUCGGUGGAGGCCAUCGAGGGCUCCCACGUCAGCCUGCUCUGCGGGGCUGACAGCAACCCGCUGCCGCUGCUGACCUGGAUGCGGGAUGGGACGGUGCUCCGGGAGGCGGUGGCGGAGAGCCUGUACCUGGAGCUAGAGGAGGUGACCCCUGCGGAGGAUGGCGUGUAUGCCUGCCUGGCAGAGAACUCCUAUGGCCAGGAGAACAGCACCGUGGAGCUCAGCGUCAUGUAUGCACCCUGGAAGCCGACAGUGAACGGAACCAUGGUGGCUGUGGAGGGGGAGACAGUGUCCAUCGUGUGCUCCACACAGAGUAAACCGGACCCUAUUCUCACCAUCUUCAAGGAGAAGCAGAUCCUGGCCACGGUCAUCUACGAGAGCGAGCUGCAGCUGGAGCUGCCGGCAGUCACACCCGAGGAUGACGGGGAGUACUGGUGUGUGGCUGAGAACCAGUACGGCCAGAGGGCCACUGCCUUCAACGUGUCAGUGGAAUUUGCCCCCAUGAUCCUCCUGGAGUCGCACUGCUCCGCGGCUCGUGACACGGUGCAGUGUCUGUGCGUGGUGAAAUCCAACCCCGAGCCGUCUGUGGCCUUCGAGCUGCCAUCGCGCAAUGUGACGGUGAACGAGACGGAGCGGGAGUUCGUGUACUCAGAGAGAAGUGGCCUCCUGCUCACCAGCAUCCUCACGUUGCGGGGACAGGCCCAGGCCCCGCCCCGGGUCAUCUGCACCUCCAGGAACCUCUACGGCACCCAGAGCCUGGAGCUGCCCUUCCAGGGAGCUCACCGACUGAUGUGGGCCAAGAUCGGGCCAGUGGGAGCUGUGGUUGCCUUUGCCAUCCUAAUUGCCAUCGUCUGCUACAUCACCCAGACACGGAGAAAAAAGAAUGUGACAGAGAGUCCCAGCUUCUCGGCAGGGGACAACCCCCACGUCCUGUACAGCAGUGACUUCCGCAUCUCUGGGGCACCAGAGAAGUAUGAGAGUGAGAGGCGAGUGGGAUCUGAGAGGAGGCUGCUGGGCCUUCGCGGGGAAGCCCCGGAGCUGGACCUGAGCUAUUCCCACUCGGACUUGGGAAAACGACCCACCAAGGACAGCUACACCCUGACGGAGGAGUUAGCUGAGUAUGCUGAAAUUCGCGUCAAGUGAGGGAGCGGGGGCAGCCCAAGUGGCCUCCCCCCUCAGGACCCUCGCUGGCCCUCACUGGCUGCGGGCUCCCUUCCUCCUCAAAGUGGUGGGGGCUGGGGCAGAAGGGGAUGGGGCAGGGAACAGUGAGGUCCUGGGGUCUGGCCUCUCCCUCCUCCCCAGCUGCCCCCUCCCCACCAGCACCCCCACCCCCAUAUUUUGGCUCCCCUCCACCAUCCUUUAACCUCAUCCGUCUGGAGGGAGCUCUGUCUGUCCGUGUUAUUUAUUGCUACCCUCUGCCUGAUCUCCUACCCCCAUUCCUGGCCCCAGGACAUGUACAAAAGGGACGUGAAAUAAAUGUCCUGAUGGUAAAUACCA